AUGGCGAAAUUAAAAUUCAUUGACAUUUUCAUUGUUUUUCUUCAAUUUUCAUGCAUUUCCUGCCAUGAAAAUGAUUAUAAUGCCGCGUAUGGAGCUGGCAACGAGAACUCGCUAAAUGUUGGCCAGGUUGUUUCAGGAAAACAGUAUUUAAUUUAUGAUGUUAAUCCCGGGGAAGGCUUCAAUUUGCGACGCGACGUGUACCUCAGGGCUGCAAAUUUGGUUAAAAUAUUGAACGAGAUUAGCAACUGGACACUUGUCGUGCCGCCAUGGCGACGUUUGUACCAUUGGAAAACGCACGAUAUCGAGCAAAAUGCGAUCCCGUGGAAAACGUUCUUUGAUAUGAAAAGCUUGAAUCGCUAUGUACCUGUUGUUGAGUUUGAGGAUUUUAUCAAUGAAACAGGUAGCCCAGGCAUCGAACAAACAAUAUAUUUGCAACGGUAUAAAGAGGGAUGGACAAGUGGGGAAUGGGAGGAGAAAAUAGAUGAACGAGAAUGUCUAGAUACCCCCAUUUACAG